AUGGCGAAAGACACGGUCGACAUCCUGAUCGAUUCAUUGAAGGCAGCCGGAGUCAAAUAUGUAUUCGGAGUCCCAGGAGCGAAGAUCGACUCCGUCUUCAAUGCCCUGAUCGACCACCCAGACAUAAAGCUCGUCGUCUGUAGGCACGAGCAGAAUGCCGCAUUCAUAGCAGCCGCGAUGGGAAAAGUCACUGGCAUUCCAGGUGUCUGUAUAGCUACUUCGGGACCAGGCACUAGCAAUCUCGUCACUGGCCUAGUCACUGCGACGGAUGAGGGAGCACCAGUUGUUGCAAUCGUAGGAAGCGUCAGGCGAGCUCAAUCGCUCCAAAGAACCCAUCAGAGCUUGCGUGGCGUCGACCUCCUCGCUCCUGUUACGAAGAAGGCGGUUUCUGCGGUGGUGGAGGAUCAGAUUGCUGAAAUCAUGCUGGACGCUUUCAGAGUCGCAGCGACUUCCCCUCGAGGCGCCACAGCCAUAAGUCUCCCCAUCGACCUGAUGACUCCGGUGAAGAGCACAUCAGAGGUCAUGGCGUUCCCAAAAGCGUCUUUUAUCCCACCGACAUAUGGAAAAUCCCCCGAAGCAACACUCCAAGCAGCCGCGGAUCUGAUAUCUGCAGCCAAAGCCCCAGUAUUGUUUCUCGGCAUGCGAGUUUCAGAAUCAGACGACACCAUCAACGCGAUCCACAGCUUCUUGAAGAAACACCCCGUGCCCGUCGUCGAGACCUUCCAGGCUGCCGGUGCCAUCUCAAAGGAUCUCGUUCACCUCUUCUACGGUCGAAUCGGUCUGUUCCGCAACCAACCAGGCGACAAGCUGCUGCAACACGCCGAUCUUGUCAUCGCCGUUGGCCUGGACCAAGCAGAGUAUGACGCAAAUCUGUGGAACGCGCGCAAUACGACUAUUUUGCAUAUGGAUGUCGCAUCGGCGGACUUCGUUGGAAAUUACGUGCCCAAGGUUGAACUCAUCGGAUCGAUAGCCGACAACAUCGCAGAACUCAAUGGCAGACUGGACACAGUGGCUCGUCUCCAGCUCACCGAGGCCGGAGAGGCCAUUCAGACGAGCAUGCUGGAAUGGGUGAAGAGCCCCGAAGCAGUUGGAAGACCUACCGGACCGAUACAUCCUCUGCACUUUAUUCGACUAUUCCAGAAUAUGAUCAAGCCAUCAACAACAGUCAUAUCCGACGUGGGAAGCGUCUACAUUUGGCUCUGCCGGUAUUUCUAUUCCUACAAACCCAGGACUUUCCUGAUGUCGAACGUACAGCAAACUUUGGGAGUAGCGUUGCCGUGGGCUAUCGGUGUGUCGCUCAGUCAGACACCGCCUUCCUCUGAGAAGGUGAUCAGCAUUAGCGGCGAUGGAGGUUUCAUGUUCAGCAGUCAGGAGCUGGUUACUGCUGUACAGCAGGGCUGCAACAUCACGCAUUUCGUGUGGAACGACGGAAAAUACAACAUGGUCGAGUUCCAAGAAGUGGACAAGUACGGUCGCAGCUCCGGCGUCGAACUCGGUGGAGUAGACUUCGUCAAGCUUGCAGAUGCAAUGGGCGCCAAGGGGCUGCGUGUGACCAGUUCGGGCGAUUUGGAGGCUGUCAUGAAGGAGGCAUUGGAGUACGUUGGCGUCUGCAUUGUGGAGAUCGAGAUUGACUACAGUCAAAACCACAACCUGAUGCUGAAUCUAGUCACGUCGGAUGUGAUGUGA